AUGAAAUCAACUACUUGGAAUUUUGUCUUCUCUAGAACUCUUGGUCCAGCAGAGAGUAUAUACUUGUUGGAGAUAAAGCAUGAUUUAAGGAAUACUACACUGAUUACAGGUGAAAAUGACAAUAUUGAAGGAAUGUGCACAGCAAAGGCAAUUUACAACAAGCUGAGUGAACAGGAGGAGAACUGGGAGUUUGCUAAUGUUGUAACAAGCAAGUUUGUUCCACCAAAAGUUUUUUUUCUGGUUUGGGCUGCUAUGCAUGAUUCAGUCCCAACUCGAAAUAUGCUGCAGAAUAGAAGAGUCAUUGUUAAAUCAAAUCUUUGCUUAUUUUGCAAUGCUCAGGUGGAAUCACAGGAUCAUCUUUUUGUCAAUUGCAAAUGGGUGAAUUACUUCUGGAGUAGCUUUCUAAAGUCUAUUAAUGUGAGAUGGGUUUUUAAUCAGGGUAUCAAAGAAUGCUUACAGAGUUGGAGUUUGAAUAGAGUGUGUGAGAGACUAAAAUUGGUAUGGCACUCAAUUCCUUUUGCAAUAUGCUGGGAAAUGUGGUUAGAAAGAAAUAGCAGAGUUCAUGGGGGAAGGCAAAAGACUACAGACGAUCUGCUGUGUGAUAUGAAGCUAGAUAUUCGAUUGUGGAGCUAA